AUGAGUCCUGCAAUGGCAGUGACCGUGGGAAAUGAAUAUCAUGCCUUAGACAGCCAAUCAUACCACAAGGGAGUUAAGCAACUAUGCCAGAAUGGCAUCAGCAAAGUUCCUAACAAGUACAUAUUACCUGUUCAAGAACGACCAAAUACAAAUCAGGCAGAACCUACCAGUGUGGCUAACCAAAAUCUAAAGUUGCCCGUAAUUGAUUUUGCUGACUUGCAAGGACAAAACCGGCCCGAAGUCCUUAAGAACCUAGCUAAUGCUUGCGAGAAAUAUGGCUUUUUUCAGUUGGUAAAUCAUGGAAUUCCUACCGAUGUUAUCAGUAGCAUGAUCGAUGUAUCAACAAGGUUUUUCGAGCUCCCUUAUGAGGAAAGAUCCAAGUAUAUGUCAUCCGAUAUGCAUGCACCAGUUAGAUAUGGAACUAGCUUUAACCAAAACAAAGAUAAUGUGUUUUGUUGGAGAGAUUUCUUGAAGCUAAUGUGCCACCCAUUACCGGAUGUACUUACUUAUUGGCCUUCUUCUCCCAUGGAUUUCAGGUAA